AUGUCUACAUUCAAAAAAUUUGCCGAUAGUCUUUUCUCCAAAAAGACAUUGAAAUACAUGUGCACCACCCAUUUCUGGGGUCCAGUAUCAAAUUUCGGUAUCCCUAUUGCUGCCAUAAUGGAUUUGAAAAAAGAUCCUGAAGUCAUUAGUGGUCCAAUGACCGGAUCAUUGAUUUUGUACAGUUUGGUAUUUAUGAGGUAUUCGUUGGCAGUUAUUCCCAAGAAUUACUUAUUGUUUGGAUGUCAUUUUGUUAAUGAGUUGGCGCAAUUGGGUCAAGGGUUUAGGUGGACCAAGUAUCAUUAUUUUGAUAAAGAAGCUAAUGCUGAGAAAAAGGCUAUAAAGAAUUAA